AUGAAGUAUGCCCUGGUGGAUCCCGCUGCCACAGGCCUCACAGCCCCCGGUGGAUCCCGCUGCCACAGGCCUCACAGCCCCCGGUGGAUCCCGCUGCCCCGGGCUCACAGCCCCCGGUGGAUCCCGCUGCCCCAGGCCUCACAGCCCCCGGUGGAUCCCCCCAGGCCUCACAGCCCCCGGUGGAUCCCGCUGCCCCAGGCCUCACAGCCCCCGGUGGAUCCCGCUGCCACAGGCCUCACAGCCCCCGGUGGAUCCCGCUGCCCCAGGCCUCACAGCCCCCGGUGGAUCCCGCUGCCCCAGGCCUCACAGCCCCCGGUGGAUCCCGCUGCCACAGGCCUCACAGCCCCCGGUGGAUCCCGCUGCCCCAGGCCUCACAGCCCCCGGUGGAUCCCGCUGCCCCAGGCCUCACAGCCCCCGGUGGAUCCCGCUGCCCCAGGCCUCACACUUGGGAGGCUCGUUCACCUGAGUUUAAACCCAGCUUUGGGAAAUUCCGCGCUGACACGGCUCUGGAUAGUGUCGCCUGGACCUGGAUGGGAGAAAGGCACAAGAGGCUGUACACACGGCACACCUGGAGGGGGGAGGUGGAGGAGGGGGGUGGGGCAGGUGGCGGGGGGGGGGCAGGUGGGGGAGAACCUACUCUAUCGCUGA